AUGUCGAACCUAGGGCCACUCGCGCCGGACAACAACCCAUUCGCCGAUGAUCAGGACGAAACAGAUACUCACACCACACCGAGAGCAUCGAAUGGCACCACAAACAGAGCGAAAGGCACAAUACUAGAAGAUGCAACAGCCCGUGACCUGGCAGGACUUCAGCAGCAACACUGGGACGACCAAGACCAACACCUGGAUGCGCUUUCAGCCUCGCUCAAUCGGCAACAUGAGAUGAGUCUCCAAAUGAACGAGGAGCUCGAUUUGCACCAGGAGCUCCUGGAAGAGUUUGACGGCGAUGCAAAUCGGACAGGACUGCGGCUGGGUGGCGCUUCGAACCAAAUGGACCGCCUAAGGAACAGCCUCAAGGAUCACGGCACCAUGUGGAUACUUGGAGCGUUGAUCGUCGCACUGAUCCUGCUCAUAGCGUUCUUCAAGUGA